GCCUCGCGGUGCUGAUGGAGCAGAGCGCCAUUCAGCCUAAACACAGACACUGCUGCUGGAUCGAUGAGGAAGAGGAGGAGGAGGAGGAUGAAGAUGAAGAAGAGCGGGGAUCUUUCAUCUGAUCACACCAUCGAUCCGUGAUGAUCGAUCGACGCCUGCAGCCGCGCUGAUCGGCCCGUUUGAUCCCGCUGCAUGCACGAGGCGACAAUCAGCGUCGUCAAUCAACCCAUUGAUCACACACCUGAUGUGAGGACACGGCGCGCGAGCCGCAGCGGGAGACAAUCAGCUGACCGGAGGACUGUUGAGGUUCAUGUGACCCACGAGCUGCAGAUCCAUCCCCGAAAUGAUUGGGGGGGGAGGGAGGGAGGGAGUCCCCAGGUGAUCCAGGUCAGAGGUUCUGAAGACUGACCACCUCCCUCUACAGGCCGGCCCAGGAACUGCACCCGCAGCUAACAGCUAACAGCUAACAGCUGACCAGUGAAGUAGUGCUGUGGCUGGUGUUCAGGCUGUUGGAUGGCCACAGGAGUGAACUACUGGAGCUCUUAUGAACCCAGUUACAAGGUGAGUGAGUGUGUGUGGGGCGGCGAACGGGAGUCGAGCAGCGAGGAGGAAGGAGGCGGGGCCACAUGGGAAACACAAGCCAUGGAGGUCAAAGGUCAACUCAUCUCAGCACCUGACCCUUUCACCUGUCCUGACAGGAAGCAGAGGGAUCGAAUGGCAGAGCUGCUGGAGAGGAGGCGGGGCCUGCAGGCGCUGCUCAGCACACGAUUGGCUGAGCUGAGACGCGUCUGCCUGCAGGAGGCGGAGCUGACGGGUGCGGUGCCCAGUGACUUCCCCCUGGAGGCGGGAGAGAAACCGCCCUGUGUCCGAAGGAGAGCUGGGGCAUCUCGCCAUGGAAACAGGAAGUGUCGAGCGGAGGAGGAAGACUCUCAGCGUUCAAAGCAGAAGAAAACUUUAUUCAGCGGAGCCCUGAGGAAACACAGCGACUCUGAACACAACACACACCACGGCAAGAGGACUGUACACAGAGGCUGCCACACAGACGACACAGUGAGGUCAGAGAGCAGCUCGACAUCAGACUCGACAGGACUCGACAACGACGAUGGCGUGGCUCAGUGUCGCCCUCCGCUGGUCGCUACUGGGUCUCCUGUGGAGGUCUUCUACCAGAACAGAACAACCAGGAGGAACUCUCUGCACAACAGGACUGACCAUCCAGAGACUCUCCAGACCCACAAGCCCCUCCCCCUGCACCCUCCCCCUCGUUCUCAAGACUCCUCCUCCUCCGUCCCCUCUGAUCCAGGACCAGCGGGGGAGGGCGGGCUCAGGGCCAACGCCGCCCGUCACAGUAACAGCUCCGACGGCCUCCUGGAGCGCAUCCCGCUCCCGGAGGAGGAUGGCGGCCCGCGGAAGGGGGGAUUGUGGGUAAACGGUCUGGCGGGGUCCAGAGGAACGAACACUUCGGGAGCGUUCAGGAGCUCCGAAACGCUGGCAGACGGCCGGACGCGGACGCGGGCGAACAACGGCCGAACGGCGGGGUACAGCGAGGUCCUGCUGGACUACGUGUGGGGGAAACAGCAGCAGCUGCAGCGACAGCAGUCCCAGCCCAACAACCGGCAGCCAAUCACGUCGCACCAUCAGCUGCUCUACAACGGCUUCUCCUCCCAGCAGCCUCAGGGGGCCCCGCCCACCUACCGCGGCCCCUCUGGCGACCAGCGGCGAGUCAAAGUGACCCGCACCAAAUCCUGCGGCCCCUUCCUCCCGGUGCAGCCGAGCCAGACCGAUACCCAUAAUCCUCCUCUGUCCGCCAUCCAGCCGGACCCUCACCCCUACCUGCUGCCUCCCCGACCGCCACAGCCGGCCCCCGUCCAGGAUGCUCAGCUGGAGGACGCCACCAGGAGCCUCCACAAGGCCCUCGCCCUGGAAGGUCUGAGGGACUGGUACCUGAGGAACACGAUAGGCUCCACCCACCAAAACCAGGAGGGAGUCAACACUAAGGCAAACGGGGGCGUCAAAGGUCAGGCCGGAGGGGGAGGAGCUCUGCACGGCAGACGGAGGACUCACGGCGGCAUCCAGCAGGCGACCUAUCAGACGGAGACGAGUCAUCACAAAAAGACGCUGCCGCAUUCGGCCACGUUCCACGGACACCCGCUGCACGGCAGGUCUGUGGAAAGCUCUCUCUACCAAGACUCAUUUCCUCCUCAGAAACAGGAAGACCAGCUAUCUCCUGGAACUCUGGUCUGACUCACCGACCAAUCAGGAAGCUGACGUACAGUUACACAGAACCUAUCCCGGGCUGGCUUCCUGGGAUCAACGCCUCUCUGGACUGCUGUGUGUCCUGCCGCUUCAGGAGAACCAGUGGUUACGUCCCAGGUCGUUAAAUUGCAUCCAUGUUUUCACCACUUGCUUCCCUUCCUCGUGUCUCAGUCCGUCCCACCAAGAAAGCACGGGAGAGACGCAAGAAAAUCAUGCGAGGAGAGAGGAAAUGAGGA